ACAAAUCCUGACGAUCGGGACACAGACAGCCUGGCUUCAACUUCAACUCCUUCAACUAGAUCUAGAUCUAAUUCUAGACCUACUUCUACAUCUACAUCAUCACUACAAAUGGCAGAUCCAACUAGAUCUAGUCAUGAAAUUUGCAAGUCGUCUUCUUAUCAAAAGUUGAAUAAGCCAGAUGACACAGUCACAGAGAACAGCAGUUUGAGUGGCUACAGAUUUAUAAACAUAGAAGAUCUGGUAUCUUUUAUAAAUUUAUUUCCCUGCCCUUCAUGUGGUGAAACUAAGGAUAAUCUGUUUCAUAUUAAUGAACAGUUAACAGGGAUCAACACCAAAUUAACAUUUGAGUGCAGUAUGUGUAAGAACAUUAGUACAUUUUCACACAAAGAAAAUGUAAACCUAAGGUUUCAAGUUGCCAUGUAUGGCAUUGGUUGCCAUGAAAACAAGGGGCGUCGUUUUCUGGCUGCUAUGGAUAUGCCACAGCCUGUCUCCAGUGUUAGGGCAGCUGUGUAUAAAACUAGGAUACACAAUGCUACAAAGCAGGCUGCAGAUAUGAGCAUGAAACAGGCAGCAGAGGAAUUACAAGCUGUUGAGGCCACAAGUGAGGUGACUGUCUCCUGCGACGGAACCUGGCAGCGCAGGGGUUUUUCAAGCAAAAAUGGCAUAUCAACUUGCCUCUCAGUGAGCAACAAAGUGCCUGCAAAAGUCCUGGAUGUAGACAUUCUCACAAAUCAUUGUGACACCUGUUGCAAGAUGGCCAAAAAACUGGGUGACGAUGAAUUUGCCAAAUGGCUUGAAGGCCACAAACAUUUGUGCAAAAAAAACCACGAUGGAUCGGCAGGUGCUAUGGAACCAGCUGGACUAAAAAAGAUCUUUCGCAGAUCAGAACAACUAUAUAAUUUAAAGUACACAAACUAUUUAGGAGAUGGGGACUCUAAAAGCUAUAAGCAAAUAGCUGAAGCUGUUCCUCCAAUUUAUGAAGGCACCUCCAUUACUAAGUUGGAGUGCUGCGGGCAUGUGCAAAAAAGGAUGGGGAAAAAACUUUUAGAUAAAGUAGCUGAAAAUAAAAAUGUUAGUUUUACUGAAGGGGGGAAGAAGUAUAAAGGUAUUGGGGGCAAAGAUAGAUUGACUAAAGUAGCUAUAAAAAGAAUUCAGGGGCAUUAUGGGGGGGCUAUUCGUUCAAAUGUAGGUAAUUUAGACAAGAUGAAAAAGGCUAUAUGGGCAAUUUGGGAGCAUAGGAAAGGUAUUCAUGUAAAUUGUGGUGAGUGGUGCACAGGUCAGAUAAAAAAUAUGUUACCUAAUUUUGUUAUGGAAAUUAUAAAGCCUGUAUUUGUUGAACUUUCCAGUGACACUCUACUAAAAAAAUGUUUGCACGGUGGUACGCAAAAUGCUAAUGAAGCGUUCCACCAUAUUAUUUGGGAAAAAUGUCCUAAAGUUACUUUUGUAGGGAAAGAUAGGUUAGAAAUUGGAGUGUUUGAUGCUGUGAUAGUUUAUAAUGAGGGGGAGAUGGGUAGGCUAGCAAUUUUUAGGAGUUUAGGUCUAAAUUGUGGGUACCACUGUAUUUCGGCUUUUAAAAAAUUUGACACCACCCGCAUAAAAGCAGCUCAAAAAUUUAUAAAUGCACCCCUUACUAGGGGAAAAGGAAAAAAAAACCUUGUACAGACCCUAAAGAUGACUCCUAUGUGGCAGGAGGUCACUAAUUUAACUUGUUUUUUAAAUAACUGCAUUUUAUAUCACAUUUUUGUUGUUUUCUCAAAAUAUGGAAUUUCAAAAAAAAUAAUUCUUGUGUACAUCAUAUCUCCAAAAGUUUUCAAUAUUUUUAUGUCAUAUUUGACACACACUUCAAGUAAUAUUAUUAGAACACAUUGUGCUAAAAUAAUAGCUGUAUCUCCUUUCCUUUUUUUAAAACAAUUUUUUUUUCACCCACCCCCUGUUAAUUUCUGA